AUGGCGCAAGCAGUUCCCUUCGCAAUCCAACUUGCCUCUACGCAUUCAAAUGGGAAAGAUGCUACCACGGACACGAACGCGCUGUUGAGCCGUCUGCUCGAAACCAAUCCUGUGUUGCUGUUGGCUGCAAUACUCACGGGAAGCAGCUCUGAUCGAGAGUUUGAAAAACAAGCAGACAACCUUUUCCGGCAUGUCCUGGCUGACCGAGUCAUCGUGAGAGGACAAACUAGCCUGGAACUCCUUCAGGACCUUCUGACGUAUUUGGCCUGGUAUCACCGUCGCUUUGAGUUGGAAACCCACCAAGUCUACCAGUUCCUGCAACUCGCAAAUGGCAUGGUUGCUGAUUUGGGAUUUCCCAAGAAGUUCUCAAAGGCGAGCAUCCCUUCACCGCAGCAAGAGGCAGACUCAAAUGAAAUCCGGGCGUUUCUGCUGUGCUACUACCUCAACUGUGGAGGUGGUGUCUUGGGGUACGACAGGGCGGAGAACAUGCGAUGCAUCGACAGUUUGAGGAAUGCUGCGAUGAUAUUGGCCACCAUAUCGCAAAGACCGCAAGACAAAGAAGCCCCGGCCUUGGUGGAGCUGCUGCAUCUUGUGGUACGCUAUCACACUGCUCGCGUUUCGUCGAACUGUGCUGCAAAGCUUCCGGAACCAGGAUUCAGCUUGCUCAAAGACUGGCAGACGACGUUCCUGCACCCACAGACAUCAUCAACCGUAAGAUCGACCUUCCACUUUACCGCAGCAUACAGUCUGCUCAAGUCCUCGACCGCAAAAUCACCGUCGCCCGCGGGUGUCCAAGUUUGUGUCGAUCACUUCCAACAACUGCUUUCGAAUAUCCUCGAUCAAGAGUUGUCCUACCUCGUUCGCAUGGGCAUUGUUGAAUGGGCACACUUGAUCACGACUUUAUUUCUUCUGGCUCGGCUCGGGUGUCUGGCAGCCACUGGUGGUCCUCCCGCCGAUUCAGUACAUCCGUGGUCAGUGCAUGAGUAUAUUGAACGCUUUCGAUCUCUGCACAACAGCUUGUCUCAAGCGGAACCAGAAGCGGACAUUGCUCUGCGUGCGCCUCACUUGCUGAGCUGGCUGGACAGGAUAUUGGUCGCAGUGGCGGAGCGGGCACGGUCUUUCAAAGCACAUCAAGACGAAUCUUCCACCGACAUUGGUCACCGAGGCUCAGCGUACGAGCUUGUUAAUUCCUUUCUCGAAAAUGACAAAUCGGCCUCAACUCGAGCUCUGCAGACUCCAGGUACAUCAAACGCGGAGCCGAGACUCGGUGGGGAGGACUUUUGGAGCGAGUUCAUGUCAGACUGGCUGAAUUGGUAG